UCCCAGGCCUUCCAGGUCACCCAGGACUUAAAGGUCACAAGGGACACACCGGUCCAAUUGGCUCAAGAGGGGAGUCUGGAGCAGUUGGAUCUAAGGGUGCAUCUGGCAACCUGGUUCAGUGGGUGCUCCUGGUCCACCGGGGCCACCAGGUAUGCUGGGAGACAGAGGCAGAGCAGGCCCAAGUGGACCUAUGGGAAAACGUGGUGUCGAUGGCCAUGUUGGUAAACCUGGUCCUCAGGGUCCUAUGGGAAUUUUCGGCGCUCCAGGUUUUCCUGGAAACCCAGGACUGAAGGGUGAACAAGGGCCCACUGGAGUUAGAGGGACACCCGGACAGCAGGGGCCCAGAGGGGAUGCUGGCCAUGUCGGGCCACCUGGACCACAAGGAAACCAGGGGGCCGCGGGAUCUGAUGGAGCUCCAGGAGCUCGCGGGCAAACAGGUCUGCAAGGCAUCAUGGGUCCAGCAGGCGCACCUGGCCCUCCAGGCACCCCUGGCCCACAGGGAACUACUGGUGUCGAGGGUCCAAAGGGUCAAGUGGGUGAUGUUGGAGCACCGGGAUUCAAAGGAGAUCCUGGACUUAAGGGAGAACGAGGUGACACUGGUGAUCACGGUCCAUUAGGUCCCAUGGGAGAUGAGGGGAAGCGUGGACCUCGAGGUGACAUGGGGUCAGCUGGUCCUCCAGGAUCUCCAGGAGAAACAGGUGCUCCUGGAAACAGAGGGUUCCCCGGGACAGAUGGUUUGCUGGGCCAAAAGGGUGCUCAGGGUGAGAGAGGACCCCCAGGGACCUCUGGUGCUAAAGGUUUAUCUGGAGAUCUAGGACGCAAUGGGGAGCCAGGUUUAACAGGAGCUCGGGGCCUGACGGGACUGAUAGGUGCUCAGGGAGCAGAAGGAAAGCAAGGACCAAUGGGCUCAGCAGGAGAGGAUGGGAAACCAGGUCCCGCUGGUUCUACAGGGAACAGAGGUCCAGUUGGACACAUGGGCCUGCCAGGACCAAAAGGCUUCACUGGAGAUCCUGGGAAGACUGGAGACGCUGGGAGCCCCGGAUCACAAGGUCCAAGGGGACUGAAUGGAAAGGAUGGAGAGGAGGGUCCUGCUGGGAAAUCUGGUCCAGCUGGUCCUGCAGGAAAGAGAGGAGAGCAGGGACCUCAGGGACUAAAUGGUUUCCAGGGUUUGCCUGGGCUCCCAGGCCCACCUGGAGAGCCAGGAAAACCAGGCAAUGAGGGUGUUGCUGGCGAGGGUGGCGCUGCUGGUGGGACAGGUCCAAGGGGAGAAAGAGGCCCUCCUGGAGAGAGAGGUGAAAUCGGACCAAAUGGUCUGCAGGGGCCCAAAGGUAGUCCAGGAGGACCAGGUCCAGAUGGGCCAAAGGGUAACCCUGGACCUCCGGGUAGUUUGGGAGAAGCAGGAGCUCAAGGACUUCAGGGAAUGCCAGGAGAGAGAGGCAUCCCAGGACCUUCAGGACCAAAAGGAGAUGACGGCUCAGUUGGAGAGGCUGGACUUGAGGGCAAAGCAGGAGCUGAUGGUGCCAGGGGACUUCCUGGGCCUGUUGGACAUCCUGGUUCAAGUGGCCCCAAUGGUGAGAAGGGUGAACCUGGACCAGCAGGACCAACAGGUCGCCGAGGUUCGAGAGGAAUAGCUGGUUCUCCCGGAGAGCCUGGUCCUACUGGUGCCAUUGGUUUCGCUGGACCUCCUGGUCCCGAUGGCCAGCCUGGGGUCAAAGGUGAAACUGGCGAGCCAGGCCCGAAGGGAGAAGCAGGAGCACCCGGACCACAGGGCAUAGCUGGGACACCAGGAACUCAGGGGCCUGUUGGAAUUACUGGACUAAAAGGAGGCAGAGGGACACAGGGCCCAACGGGCUCUACUGGGUUUCCUGGCUUGCCUGGAGGAGUCGGAUCACCUGGCUCUCUUGGGGCUGUUGGGGCAGACGGACCCAUUGGUGAACCAGGAAAACCAGGUCCUCCAGGAAUUCGAGGUGAAAAUGGAGCCACUGGACGACAAGGAGAGCGAGGACCUGCAGGCCUACCAGGGCCUGCUGGAGAGAAGGGAGACUCUGGAGAGGAUGGUCCUCCGGGAGCUGAUGGACCGCCAGGACCUGCUGGACCCUCAGGACAGCGAGGCAUCGUGGGAGAGCCUGGAGUCAGAGGGGAGAGGGGCAUGCAAGGACUGCUGGGACCUGCUGGUUUGCCCGGAAAAGCAGGAGCAGCUGGAGCUCCAGGUGUCAAGGGGCCUCCUGGAGGAGUUGGUUUACCAGGAGCCACGGGCCCAAAAGGAGACCCAGGGCCUGAGGGUGUCACCGGAGCAGAUGGCUCACCCGGUAAUGAUGGUCUCAUUGGAGAAAGGGGUGACAAAGGUAAUCCAGGUUCAGAGGGUCUGGCUGGACCUCCAGGGUCUCCAGGGACCGAAGGUCCAGUGGGAUUGACGGGAAGUCCAGGACGAAGAGGUGAAAAUGGUGGCAAAGGAUCCCCUGGACCCCAUGGACAAGCCGGAGUGCGAGGGAAAGUAGGACCUCAAGGGCCACAGGGAGAAAAGGGAGCAGAAGGAGAGCAAGGAGAGAGGGGUCAGAAGGGACACAGAGGCUUCACAGGACUCCACGGUUUGCCAGGAACAAGUGGUGCCACGGGAGAUGCAGGAGCACGAGGCAUUGUUGGACCAGUUGGACAGAGGGGUCCUCCUGGAGUGACAGGACCUCCUGGGAAAGAAGGGAAGCCUGGUCAGCCUGGACCGAUGGGCGCUCCUGGAAGUAGAGGUGCUAGUGGGGACAUCGGGGCACAGGGACCACCAGGUGAACCUGGACCCCCAGGACCUCCAGGCCCACCUGGGCCUAUCAGAGCAGCUGAGGAGCACAGCUUCGGUGACAUAGUUGAUUACAUUGCAAACAGCGUCGGACCAGAAGCUGCGGAAUUUGUUGAAGACGAUGUCGCGGCUGAGCCUCCUCCACCUCCAGAGAUCAACAAAGAUGAGGCCCUUCCCAAUACUGGUCCAGGCAUUCUGCGCACCGACACUGGCGUCCACACCACGCUGAAGACGCUCAGCGGAUAUCUACAAAACCUGCGAAGUCCUGAUGGCAGCAAGAUGAAUCCAGCUAAAACCUGCCAGGACAUCAGAGAGUGCUACCCUCUGAAAAAGAGCGGUGAGUACUGGGUUGAUCCCAACCAAGGAAGCGCUAAAGAUGCAAUCAAGGUGUUCUGCAACAUGGAGAGUGGUGAAACCUGCAUUUCUGCCAAUCCUGCCGUCAUUCCUCGCAAAGCCUGGUGGAACAAAUCCAAUUCCAACGCCAAGAGACCCAUCUGGUUUGGAGCUGACAUAAAUGAUGGAACCAGAUUCCGCUAUGGAAAUAAGGAAGAUCAGCCAAACGCGGUGGCAGUUCAACUGAAGCUGCUGCAGCUUCUUUCCAAAGAGUCGCACCAGAACAUCACCUACCACUGCAAGAACAAUGGAGCAUCCAAAGACGAGAAGAGCAGUGGUGCAAAGAAAGGUCUGAUCCUCAAAGGUUCCAGCGGCCAAGAAAUGAGGAUGCAGGGCAACAACCGCCUCCGAUACACCGUAAUCGAGGACAGCUGCUCAAAAUCAAGUGCACAGUGGGGUAAGACAGUGAUUGAGUACAGGACUCAAACUCCGGCCAGGCUUCCCAUCGUGGACGUGGCCGCUGUGGACGCCGGACAGGCUGAUGACGAGUUCGGCUUGGACAUUGGACCUGUUUGCUUCUCCUAAAACAAACACAAAUCAUCAGACGGAUAGAAAAAGGUUGUUUCAGUGGAGUAGCAUCAUCAGAGUUUAGAUGUUUCAUAGCGUUUCUGCUACAUGACUCACAGGGCGCUGACGUCCGUUAUUCUUGUUGUUGGUAAUCCUACGUUCUCUGUGAGGAAAUGCAAAAACGUACCUCAGAUGUUCAGUGCGAGGCCUACCUACAUCCAAAACCUGCCUCAGACAGAGCAAACACUUGCAUAAAAUGAAAUACAGCCAACGCUAAUUCAAAUGUUAAUGAGCUAUUUUUAUUUGGUAUGUAGAAGGUGGAGGAUUGUUUUUCUUUUUUUUUACACUUAGUCUUUAAUUUUUAUGAACUUUUAAAAAUAAUGAAAAUUGUUCUUGAACCUAAAUUAUUAAGUAAUAUGCUGGAACUCGCUUAGUCUUUCAAAUGAAAAUAUUUCAUUUCAUUUUUACAUUUGCUCAAGUGCAAACUGUAAAUGCGGUAUAUGAUUGUAAAUUGCUAAUUAUUUUAUUGUCGACUGUGGAUGUGGAAUAAAUGUAUUUCUUUAAAA